GCGUCGCGGGGCUGAGGCGGGUCUGGGCGCCGAGCGGACGGAAAAGGUAGAUAUCGCCCCCUGGAGCUUGGUGGGAUAAUGGCCUGUACAAGUGCUCCAGUCCGAGGACUCCUGGCCGAGUGCGGAGGUGUGGGGAGAGCAAUAGAGACGCGAUCUGGCUAGAGGGGCCAGAGACGGAAAAAAAAAAAAACACUAAAGAGCUCGGUAGACUGAGUGGCUAGAGAGGUCGGAGACAAGUGGAUGUAGAAGUCGGGCGGACCCGGAACCCAGCGGAAUCGGGACCAUGACUUAUGCUUAUCUCUUCAAGUAUAUCAUCAUCGGGGACACAGGUGUGGGGAAGUCAUGUCUCCUCCUGCAGUUUACGGACAAGCGGUUCCAGCCGGUCCACGACCUCACAAUAGGUGUGGAGUUUGGAGCCCGUAUGGUCAACAUUGAUGGGAAGCAAAUCAAGCUACAAAUAUGGGAUACGGCUGGGCAAGAAUCCUUCCGUUCUAUCACCCGUUCCUACUACAGGGGAGCUGCGGGAGCCCUGCUGGUGUAUGACAUUACAAGGCGUGAAACCUUCAACCACCUGACUUCAUGGUUAGAGGAUGCCCGGCAACACUCUAGCUCCAACAUGGUUAUCAUGCUGAUUGGGAAUAAAAGUGAUCUAGAAUCCCGAAGAGAUGUUAAGAGAGAGGAAGGAGAGGCCUUUGCUCGGGAGCAUGGUCUUAUUUUCAUGGAAACUUCAGCCAAAACAGCCUGCAAUGUUGAAGAGGCCUUCAUUAACACAGCCAAAGAAAUAUAUAGGAAGAUCCAGCAGGGUUUAUUUGAUGUUCACAAUGAGGCUAAUGGCAUCAAGAUUGGUCCCCAACAGUCAACUUCAACAUCAGCAGGACCCAGCGUCUGCCCACGGAAUCGUGACAUAGCGGCCAACUCUGGCUGUUGCUGAACAUCUGAUCUGGACUUUUUUUUUUCUUUUUCCUGAAACAAUUUCAGAUCGAUAGGCUUAAAGAAAGAGGUCUUAUUCACUUUGACUGACAGCAGCCUCUUUUCAAAAUGUGUGAUAUUUUGCCUUUCCACUUACAGACCAGGGGAGAAUGUUGGCCCUUACCGACCUGUCCUUCUUCAGGGACGUGACCAUUCCCUAUAGAUUAGGGCUCUUCUCAGCCUAAUAUUUUACUUUCCAAAAUGUUAGGAUCAAGUUGAUUGUCAUAGUAGUCCAAAAAUAAAUACUUUCAUCACCAUAUACAACCUGCUCCCCCCAUCAAGAAUUAUUAAGAGAAGGCCAAGGACAUUGUGCUUGAACACAGGUGAACCCUGAGGCCUGGCCGGCCUUUGGAUGAUAGUUCACCUGCGUAGGAAUUGAGUUUUUCUACUCCUUGCCUUGGCGGGAGUCUCCGUGCCACUUCAUGAGUUCUUACAGAAAGGAGUUUCUUCCACUUGUUCAAGAGCACUGCACAUGUCUACCAUCCUAUCACUGGUUUCUAGCUGUUAGAGUAACUGCACAACCUUCACGAGCAAUGGAGUUGUCCUGGGACCUUUGGCCUCUCACCACUUCCAAAAAAUAAUCAUUCCCAGUUCAUUUUGUUUUAGGGACCAAAUCCUAACGUUGCAGUGUUUCUUGCACCAAACUGACCCUUCCUAUUGGAUCACACUGUAGCUAGAACUACACUCUGUACUUUAAUCAAGCUGAUCUGCUUAUUGAACAUGACAUGUUUAUUGCUACUCCCAUACCUUUGCACAUGCCCUACACUCUAGUAUAUUAUAAAAAUCCAGAAAGUUUGCCUUUUAGGAAGCCUCCAGUGACCUAAGACCUAAAUGGUUAUUGACAAAGUAUCCCUUAGCUUUCAUGCCGGUUAUCCAUAUGUAUACUCAUAUGUAUAUUUAUUUCUACAUAUGUUACUUUGUAAAUAUGCUUUGUGGCUGUUCUUCCUGUGGAAUCUGCCUCCUCAUGUAGGUUGUAAGCUCGGUGAGAGCAAGACUCCUGUCAUCCCUUUAUUUUUAUACAGCAUCCUCGCAAAUGCCACCCAUUCCUUUACCACGCUCAGUGCUACUCAUUCUGUGAUCAUUAAAUUGGACUGACAUUUUAAAGCUUCAGGUUGAUUUUGGACUUCAGAGGAAACAAAAGACCUUGGAGUCACUCUUUGUCAUGUCUCUGUCUCUUCCAUCUGCUUAUCCUUGGAUUCCUUGUUGCUCUUCUAACCCAUCCUCUUCUACCCUUCUCUGCCUACAUUCCACACAGCAAGACUGACUACUCCGGUACAAUCAAAUAAAUGGAUACUUCUCCAACCAUUCUCUCCCUUCUCGGAGAAUAUAAUGCUAUCCUAGCCA